UAGGUCCUGCGUUACUGAUCUUUCAUGCGUGAGCGCGGUAAGAAACAGAAGACCAGGGUAUGUUGGGGCGCAGUGCCGACAUUGCUUUCGGCGGGUUGUACUGAAAGACAAUUCUCAUAUAACGAAACGGGAAAAACAUCUAUUUACGUAGAAUUCAUAUUUAGCAGUGUUGUGGGCGCCAGCAUUGUACCCCAGUGAUCGAUUGCAGAAACGACCCUCACUGCCAUGCGAAACUCAGUCAACUAAGCACAGCUCCUACAGAAAAACUAAUGCAAAGAUACUUGGAGGAGUGUCGGGACAUCUGACGAUCGGCCGAUGUAUGGACAAACCUGAUUACCGUGAUCAGCGACACGCUAUCAGAAUAUCACGAGAAACGCUCAACUAAAUAAUUUUCUCUAUGAUGGGUGACUGAAUGAGUUCCGAGUUGUCACAUUUAGCACUCCAUGCAACUUGAUCUUCCAGUUAGACCGCGAGAAAGGCGCUUAGUACUACUGUAACACAGGUUUCAUAUUAUAUUCCAGUACGUCGCUGACAUUCAGAAAUCGCGUAUUAAUAGGUAUGCAUCGUAGGAUAAGGUGGGCUUGAGUAGCAUCAUUUCCGUGUGCGGUUUGUUAUUGGAAGGAAGUGCGUCGGUAACGCUGCUCGUUUGUAUUUGUGUCACUCGUCAUUGAUUGCGCUGGGGAUGUCUGACCUGGAUGGAAUACACGCUGUAUAUAUUUUUUGUAAUUGUGGGACUAUUAAAAAGAAAAGUCGAUUGUCUGGGGCGACAAAUUUAGUUAUCAAAGAAAAAAAUUAAAAGCUGUUGAAAUAAGCAGAUGGAUAGCCGGACGGCCGCGAUCACGCCCCCGCGGUCCGAGCAGCGCCCAUGUGCCGGGAACCAGCGCCGAUCGCGUAGGAAGUGGGAAGUUUUCCCGGGAAAGAACCGCUUCUUCUGCGAUGGACGGAUAAUUGUCGCAAGACAAAGCGGCGUCCUGCCCUUCACCCUCGGCCUGAUCAUCUUCACCAGCGGCCUCUUCUUUAUAUUCGACUGUCCCUUCCUGGUGGAGCACCUGACCAGCUUCAUUCCGAUGGUUGGGGGAGUGCUCUUCAUCUUUGUGGUGGUCUCCCUCCUGCAGACCAGCCUCACGGACCCUGGCAUUCUGCCCAGGGCGACGCCAGAUGAGGCAGCCGACAUCGAAAAGCAGAUCGCGGAGUCUGGAUCGUCUGAGUAUCACCCUCCCCCACGCACCCGGGAGGUCGUCAUCAACGAUCAGGUGGUCAUGCUCAAGUACUGCUUCACCUGCAAGAUAUUCCGGCCGCCACGCACCUCCCACUGUGGCCUGUGUGACAACUGUGUGGAAAGGUUUGAUCAUCACUGUCCCUGGCUUGGCAACUGUGUGGGCAAGAGAAACUACCGCUUCUUCUACACCUUUAUCGUGUCUCUGUCCUUCUUGACUGCCUUCAUCCUCGGUGGUGUAAUCACUCACCUUACACUGCGUUCUCAGGAAGACAGGGGUCUCCUCCUCGCCCUGAAGAAAAGCCCAGCCAGUGUCCUGGAGUUGGUCGUGUGCUGCUUCUCUAUUUGGUCUAUUCUGGGCCUCACAGGCUUCCAUACCUACCUGGUGGCAUCUAACCUCACCACCAAUGAGGAUGCUAAGGGCCUGUGGUCUGGGAAGAGGUUGGCAGACUCUGCAAAUCCCUACAGCUAUAACAACAUGUGCACCAACUUCUGCUCGGUGCUGUGUGGACCCCUGCCCCCCAGCCUCAUUGACCGCAGGGGCUUCAUUCCACAGAAGGGUGCCCCCCCCCCACCCCACUCCCCGCUGCCUUCACGCUCAAAGUGACCUCAACAGGGAAGAAGGCUCGACUUUGUGCCGUGAAGCCGCCACCUUAUGCCUUGAUUCCACAGCCACAUCAUCAUGGCCUAGUAGGUGUGGUCUACCCAUAAAGUGUCCUGGUAGACCUGCUUUGGCCUGGUGC